GCGGUAGUGGAUGAUUUAGCUGACGCAAUUUCUGUGUGAAAAAUGUGUGAAGGUCUGUUGAUGUUUUCCCUUUGAUUUUCCGCAAAAACCAACAAUAAACAGUGAAUAAAAUUAUGUCAGCGAACUACAGAAGAUUCCUGAAAAUACUAGAAAAGUGGCCUGUUGAUAAAUCAAAGCCUGGAAGAGACUUGGGAGAACAUCUCCGGGAAGACCUAAAAAACCUCCUGGUUAGGGAACAGGAGCCUGGUUUCAAGGCUGACAAGUUCUCACGCGAAUUGGACGCAUUGUCGAGGAUAAGUAGCAACGCUUAUGCAAAAGAUUUCGCGAGAAAUUCAAAAAUAACAGCGACCGGAUUGACGGGGGAGCAAUGCAAUCAGGUGCUAUCUUCGGAUUUUCUCGAAUACAUGAAUACCAAGUAGGCAGGAUGCUGAGAAAGGUCAUUUGUUCCCCCGUAGUAAGCUCCCGUAGACUUUUACAUGCGCAAUGUAGUGAAAAUCCGCGUAAAUCCAUGGCUCAUACACCCGUUAUGGCCAAGGAAGUGAUUGAAAAUCUCCAUCCGGAAGAAAAUCAAAUAAUCCUGGAUAUGACUUUUGGUGCUGGUGGGCAUUCACGGCUUAUUUUGCAAUCAGCACCAAAUAUUAAGCUCUUGGCCCUCGAUAGGGAUCCUGUGGCGCAUGAAUUUGCCAGGGAAUUGCAAAAAGAAUUCCCCGGACAGGUUAUUCCCCUUUUGGGACGUUUCUCAGAGCUUCCUCAACUCCUCCAGGAGCACGGGGUGCAGCAGAACUCCAUUGAUGGUAUGCUCUUUGACUUUGGAUGCUCCUCUAUGCAAUUUGACGUGGCUGAAAGGGGAUUCUCCGUGUCCAAGAAUGCUCCACUUGAUAUGCGAAUGGACGGUGAGAGAUUCCCAAAUAUGCCCACAGCUGCGGAUAUCCUUGCCAGGGCCAAUGAAACAGAUCUCUAUAAAAUCUUCAAGAUUUACGGCGAGGAAAAGUACUCCCGGAAGAUCGCCAGAGCCAUCAUUCAAGCGAGGUAUGGUGUGAAGAAAAUUGAGACAACGAAGGAACUCGUGGACGUUGUGGGAGCUUGCUGUGAUGAAGAGUACCGCAUGGAUGCCCUUCAGCGUCCAACGAGUGUUGCCACGAAGAUUUUCCAAGCUCUCCGGAUCUUUGUCAACAAUGAACUCAAUGAGAUCAACUACGGCAUGAUCCUGGCGGGGAGAUUCGUUAAAGCCGGCGGACGCCUCGUUACCCUGACCUUCCACUCGUUGGAGGAUAAAAUCGUGAAGAGACACAUCAUGGGCAAUGUCACAGAGAACCUCGCCAAUCCCCUGCCACUGAAGUACAUGAGUCACACGCUGAUCUACGACCGAGAAACAGUAGACACGCUCAGUGAUACCGGCUGGCUAUCCCUGCACAAGCACGUCCUCACACCAAACGAGCAGGAAAUUGAGGAUAAUCCCCGAUCGCGUUCAGCAAAACUUCGAGCUGCUCAGAGAACUGACAAAUUGUAGAAUUCUUAUCUAUUAAAUCAAUAAAAUUGGAAUCUUUUCUUCCCAA